AUGGCGAGCACUGUGGACUUGCGUCGUUUGAGGGGCUUCAAGGGCCGGAACCUGCUCCACCUCGCCGUGGAGGGAUCUUGCGUCACGGGGCGGCUGGACGUCUGCAGGUUCCUGGUCGAGGAGAAGGGCUUCGACGCCAACUCCACCUCUACGGAAGGCGAGACGCCCAUCUUCGUCGCCACCGACACCGAUUCCAGAUUACUGAACGGGGCCGAGAACGGCGUCGUCCCUCUUCUAACCUACUUCCUCGGCCGCGGCGGCGACCCGGCUGCACCCGACGCCAAGGGUUGCACGCCCCUGCACAAUGCCGCGCAGUACGGGCACAGUGAUGCUAUAAGACUGCUGCUGUCCAAGGGUGUUCCUGUGGAUCCUUUCUACCAUCAUGGGACGCCGUUGCACUUGGCUGCAGGGAACGGCCAUGACCAGGUUCUGAAGAUCCUGCUCGAGCAUGGUGCUGAUCCCAAUAAACUUAUCCGUCGUGUUACUCCGCUCCUGAUGGCAUGCGCUGGUGCCUCCUUGAAAUGCAUUAAGCUGUUGCUUGAGGCUGGUGCUGAUGUGAACUUCCAUAGUUCACCUGGACCAACUAUGUUAUUAGCUGCAGUUGGCGCUGGCUCAGCAGACGUUGUCAAUUUCUUGCUAGAGAUUGGAGCUGACCCUAAUGUUCAUGAUGGGUACGGGAAGUUCCCAAUCAUACUAGCAGCUGCUCAUGAGCGCCGUAAGCUUGUUGAAAUUUUACUCCCUCAAACAAAUCCAAUUCCAUCCAUGCCAGACUGGACCGUUGAUGGGAUUGUUAACACCAUGAAGAAUCUACCUCGGGAGAUGGUACUAGAACCAAUAGCUAAUGCAAAGUCACAAGGAAAGGAAGCAUUUGCAAAUGGCGACUACGGUAAUGCCGUCGACUGCUAUACGCGGAAGUAUGGAGCAGCGGUUGCUGCGUUCGAGGAAGCGCUGAAACUUGACCCUGCGAAUGAUGAGAUCAAGGAGGCGCUGCGGACGGUGAGAUCAAGGAGGCGUUAA